UGGCGAUGUCAAGAGACGGGAGAAUGAAAUACUAAACAGUCUAUUUUAAGCCUUCCUACUACAUUGAAUUCACACAACGCUCUGCAAUGCAUUUCGAAGAACAAACUGAACAACUGGAGGUCAUCCGACAGGUUCUCUCCGCCUGCCAUAAGCCAAACAGACGGGUUUUUCCCACAUUUUAAUGCAAAAGAAGAAAUGGGUAUCGCAGCAUUUCUACUGUUGUGUAAGAGUAGCUGAUGGCUAGUUGGCUUGUUUUUCUUCAAGUGCUUUUUGUGGAUUGCCUCUGUCACUUCAUUUCAGGUUGUGUAGCAGCAUGCCAGUAUCAACAAGGACAGUAUCAAUUACAAUUCGCAAAAGAUCAACAAUACGUCCAUCUUCAACUUACAUAUCUUCGUUAUCCAGCAGGAACUAACACUUGGACUGGCGUUGCUUUUGGACAGUCUAUGAAUGAUGGUCUUGAUUUCAUUGGCGUACGUGUACUGGACAACAAGGUAUUAGUAAGUGACGAAUUUGUCCGAGGCUUUAGAUCACCAAAGUUGGAUGCUAGGCAAAAUGUCAUUGUCCAGUACGCUUCACUGCAUAAUGGCGAUUUGCGGGUACGACUUGCUAGACCAAUACUUUCAAAUGAUACUGCUGAUUUCUCGCUGGCUAGUUGUUUGCCUUGGCAGUUUCCAAUUGCGUUAUCGCCACUCGAUCCUACUGGACAAAUUCGUAAACACCAAAUCACUCCUCGGAGAAUGAUUGUAUGCAUGGAUCGAUGUCCAUGCGAACCUAGUUCUACCCCGAACCAAUGCCGGUUAUGA